GACUUGUAGUUCCCACGAAGCCAAACGAAGAACCGAGAAGCAACAAAAGGCGAAGUAAAAAACUCGCUCACUGACAUCACACAUGGCAGACUUGUGCGUUUCUCAGUCCUCGCUUGUUCUACGCCCCAAAAUUGGAGCUUUACACAACCUAAACACCUCCAUUUCUCCAGCCCGACGCCUGCAACACAACAAUCUCAGCUAUCGGGGAUUUGGGGCUUCCUCUGGUAACGCUCUUUUGUUGAGACACGCAUCAAUUCAGAAGCUUGGGGUUGUCUCUGACACCAAAUCUUCCACUAUAUUCACUGUUGACUCGGGGAUCAAGGAUAUCGGCAUCGAACCAGCUACCGGCGGCGGAGGCGGCGGUGGUGACUUUGGCGGUAGAGGCGGCGGAGGCGGCGGAGGUGAUAAUAGUGACGAUAAAGGCGAGGGAGAGGAGGGACCGGAAGAGAAGAGAGAGAAGAAAGGGAUGUCAAUGUCUCAGAAACUAACUCUAGGAUAUGCUGCUCUUGUUGGAGUGGGUGGCCUCAUGGGCUUCUUGAAGAGUGGCAGCCAGAAGUCACUGUUGGCAGGGGGAUUAUCAGCGGCCUUACUCUUUUAUGUUUCUACUCAGCUUCCCGUAAGACCAGUUUUUGCAUCAUCUAUUGGGCUUGGGUUGUCUGCUGCCCUUCUGGGAGUGAUGGGCUCUCGCUUCAAGAAGUCAGGGAAGGUAUUUCCAGCCGGCGUUGUAUCUCUUGUGUCACUUGUAAUGACCGGUGGCUACUUACAUGGAAUUCUACGUGGUAUGCACUGAAAAAUGCAUAUGUAAGUUAGAGAGUAAUAAUGUGAGUUACCUCUGGUAUUUGAUUCCUUUUUCUUUUGUUUUUUGUUUUCCUUUUUUGUUGCUAAUAUCUUGUAUUCGAUAUCAGUAUUAGCUUUUGAAAAAGGCAAUGUAGACUUUGUAUUGUAGGAUGUGGUGUUUGAAACGUUUAAUCGACAAUACACUGAUAAAUUUUGUGUGCUUAAGCAUCUCCA